ACUGCCUCAUGUUAGACCGUUUCCCACGCAAACUCAAAAGAAUUACUUCCCGUUUUCAAAGCUGCCAGUUCUAGUUCUGCUCGCCCCGUCGCCUCACCUCGUCCUCUCAGCCUUCAUGAUGCCUGGGCAGCCAAAAUACCUUCUGAGGUUCAAGAAACUGACUGAGAACGCCUUUGCCCCGUGUAAAGGCUCCAAGUGGGCUGCUGGAUAUGACUUGUGCAGCGCCUAUGACAUGGUGGUGCCAGCGGAGGGGAAGGCCCUUGUGAAGACAGACAUCCAGGUGGAGCUGCCCGAGGACUGUUAUGGCAGGGUGGCACCUCGCUCCGGCCUGUCCUGGAAAAACCACAUUGACGUUGGAGCCGGAGUGAUAGAUCGGGACUACCGAGGGAACGUGGGUGUGGUGCUGUUCAACCAUGCCAAGGUGGACUUUGCAGUGAAGAAGGGCGACCGCGUGGCUCAGCUUAUCUGUGAGAGGGUCAUCUACCCUGAGAUAGAGGAAGUGGAGGAGAUCAGUGAGACAGAGCGUGGUGAGGAUGGGUUUGGCUCCACUGGGAGAUAGGUGAAGCUCCCGUACCUUCACCCCUCAUCCUUGAGUCCGUGUUGGAUGUGCCAAGAGUUGAAUGAAGCGAGUGAAUGCAAUGACAUUAUUGUCAACAUUACCACGUGUGCCACGUUUUUUAUGCUUAGUGUAAGAUUUGAUGGUAAUAAAUAUUUGUCUAUA